GCGUAGAUAACUUGAAGGAAAACGCUCUGGAUUCUACAAACCAACUUGACAGAUUUAUCCAACUCGACCAGUUCAGUCUACAAGCAGAUUCGAUGGCUGAUCAAGAAAAAUUGUUGGGAAACUUGGACGGGCCUGAACCUGCAGUUUCCACCAGUAGAUUAGGAGUAAUGGCGAUUACGUUGAACAAGAUCCAAGCGCGGGAAUGGUUUCAGAAGACGCGGGAAAAGGUCAAACCUUGGAAUGAAUUCUUUCAAACAAAGCAAUUCAAAAUGCCGAAAGGGAUUGCACCAGCAGGACAAAGGCUUGUAAAAAAUAUCGAAAAGUUCCAAGGAAAUUAUCUGUUUGUGUUUCUGGGAUUGGUUAUAUUUUGCAUUAUAACAUCUCCGUUACUCUUGAUAGCCAUCGCCGCAUCGCUUGGAGCAUGUUACAUCAUUAGCAUAAAGAACACAGAUCAAAAGAUCAAAGUAAUGGGACGAGAUCUGACACUUGCUCAACAAUAUGCUGCUGUAGGAGUAAUAUCCAUUCCAGUCUUUUGGAUCGCUGGGGCUGGAUCUGUCAUAUUCUGGUUGAUAGGUGCUUCGAUAUUUGUGAUAGCCCUCCAUGCGACCAUGUAUGCUGGCGAAGAGGAGGCACCCUUUGAGGAACUGGAAAUGGAACCGGUGUAGUGAAUUCCUAUUUAUGCAUAGCCAGACGAUUUAUGAAACAGCUGAUAUUCCUCCACAUGAGUGUGGGGCUUGACAGGGUUGAGAAACUUCGCACAUCUGACUCUGUACAGAUUCGAACAAGACAUCUGCCAAAGAAUAAAAAAUCUCGAUGUUUCGUGCGUUUCAUGAGGUCAUGCGCUAUUGACCUUGCCAAUGAUUUAAUUUAUUCGCAUCAGAGUCUAUAUCCAAAAAUGUAGGCCCGCAGUCUCACGUCUUUUUGAAAACUGGUUUAUACUCACUGCAGUCCUACUGUUCCUACUCCUAUCCUUUGGGCCGACCCGUGUUGCUUGUCUCCUUGACUUCCUACCCUUGGUACAAAGUUUACUCCUCCAGAGCAUAUAUUAGUUGUCUACCUACUUGACUCCAUUACACAAACUGAACUGACCAACUAGCAAAGUCCACCUGUUGGUCCUCUGUAAAAAUACACCUGGACUCAGGUUGUACUACUAAAAAUUAACUGAGUAUGUUCCAAUAACACUUUUAACCCUGUCAAGUGCCUCACUCUAAAGCAGUGUGCACACAACAGACAAAUUGACGAAAAAUUACCUAAUGUUCAUUUGACUGUCGUUUGCGGUUGUUGAAAGAAAUAAAAACAUUGUUCUGGAACAAUAUUUCUGGAUGUAAAUCAUGCAGUGUAUCUUUGCACAUGACAUUGUUUUCUGUCUGUCCUGUGCAUGUGACGCUAAAUAUUUUGAAAACAUUUCCGCAGUGAUGCCUCUUGUUGAAAGGCAUGGGUUGUCAUGGAUCACGCACUUCGUCAUUAAUUUUUGACACAAUUGUGCCAUUUUGUAAGUCAUGUGUGGGUGACGCUUAAAACAUGUAAAAACAUUCUGAAAACAAUAUCAUAUCAUAUCAUUACCGGCGUCAUAACCCUAUUGGAUUUUUGCCAGAGGUAUGGAGUCCACUAUAGGCUACUGUCCACCAUCUUUUACUUGCCCUGGCAUAGACACUCAGGUACAAGGGACCACGGCUUUUAGUCUCAUCUGACAGACCCUUGAGUAUUUCAUAAUGUUUUCGUUUUCAUGAUGAUUUUGUCUGUGGUGUGUGUGUAGCUCAACGGAGGAAUACAGCUGUUGGGAGGAUGGUCGCAGUGGCUCAACAAAAAUGUAUAUAUUAUUGCUAAUAUAUUUUAUGUCCACGAUCAGUGUGAAUCGGUGUGCUGGACAGUUGACACCAGCAAUAAAUUGCAAAAUAAGUAAACCCACUGGAUACGAAUGUUUGAUAAUGCCUAUUGCUGAUUUGAGAAUAUAUAGCAACAUUCUUGUGACUUGAGGUGUGGACAUUUUGGGUGUGGACAUUUUGGAGGCAAUUGGGUACGUGGUGUUGGCUAUUGCAGGGACGUGGGUAAAUAGGUCCCAUGGUGAUACGCCACUGAAUAUUCUCAGCUAGGCAGUAGGCGUUAAGGGCUCAAGUCAGCAAAUGAUGACCUUCAGAGGCACUUUGCCAAUGAAAUUGCUAAUAAACACAAGGAGUGUGAAGUUAAGAGUCAAAACCCACAUCGAAUAAAUCCUUGUGCGAAUUUGUUCAAUGUGGGUUUUGACUUCAACUUCACACUCCUGUGCUAAUAAAAGAUACACUGUACUUGAAAAUGUAUUAUUAGUCGUACAAAUCGAUAUUGGCAAAGUUAACAUCACCAUGUUUUGCUAAAAGGUCAAAUGGGCUAGCACGGCACAUUGAAGUGUAUCGGGAUAUCGUACAUAUUUAAAGAUUUAUCCUGCUUUCUGUCUUCAAAACAGCUGAGUCACCCUGGGAAAAACAGCUGUGAAUGCAGUUAAAAAUGUUCCUCUUUUCUAGUCUCGAUGGUUAUUUUCCUGUAAUAUUUUUGCCUUUGCGAUUGCAAUCUGUCAUCAAUCACGAUUUCUUCAGUCAUAUCAAACAGAAAAACGUUGCUAAAUGUGUUUUUCUUUAAAUUUACCUUUGAACUGGUAGCAUUUUGCUUCUAGCCAGUGUGAAAAUAGAAUAUUAUUUCCCGGGUUGUUAGGAAUAUAUAACACAGUCUUGAUAAUUCAGGUGGUCAGUAUGAAAACGAGAUUGUGACCAUGAAGUUCAAUUCGACCGUAUAUUAUGCAUUACGGCUCCCAAAUCUGUGCAGAAUAUACUUGGCAAAAUGCGAAGUUUUUUGGUCAAAGAAAAGGUAGGCAACCGGAGACCAGUAGGAAACAAAUGUUUCGGGUAACAGCAUACCUACCAGAGGCAGGAGAUAUAAAGGGUCAUGAUAAAUUAUUGGUGAUGGUUGAGAGGCUUCGGAAUCUAUUGCAUACAUAUAUCGGGUAUUUUGGAGAGAAAAAACUAUACUAUGUCUUGUGUGUAUUGUACAGUGAGAUGUAUUAAGUCAUAUUAUUGUAUAUCACCCUUGAAAAUAAAUUAUUUUUUACAGUUA